AUGUGUGUCAUCCAGAGACAGAGCUGCAUUAUUUGCAGGCACCGAGAAGAGGAUACCUGCCCAGACAAAAAUGAAAAGCACCGACCAGAAAACUAUGUCAUCAAGCAAUGCCAACAUUUGAUGGACAUCCUUUCGCGUCUGAAGUAUGAUGCAGGCUGGAACCCAGCUGAUCCUCCUCAACUUUCUGGUCGCUUCCAUUGCCCAGAUCUCCAGUGGCCUCCAACAGAAAACCCCAAGCACGACUUUGUCUGUGAGACGUGUCUGGCGGAAUGUUGCCACGAGUGGACUGGCGUAAUCACCGACGCGCUCAAGAAGAAAUCUCAGAGAUCUGCGCAUAGCAGAGAUGACGAUGACGACGACUUCGCAAGGUCUGCGGUUCACGAGAGGCCUCAGAGAACUCCCUACCUUGAUAUUACAGAACGGCACAUGAGUCCAAUUAAGAGAGAGCGCCUGUUCGAAGCCCUGACCAACAACUAUGGCCACCCUGCUGGUAUGAAGCGCGAAAUCACGAUCGAGAAUUUGACCGUUGCCAUCCAAAAUACCUGGUUGCUGCGUGCCGGCGAGUCUGCUCAUCGAUAUCUUACCGUCUUGGUUCCAAAAUGCAAUUUGUGCGACGAGUUGCUUGUUGACCAAAGAGAGAACUUGCAGAGAGCUGACAUUAUCCGUGGACAACGUGAUGAUGCUUCGAACAACACACUUCCAGAUGAUGAAAUCGACAACAUUUGGGUCUCUGAUGUAGAGUUCGAGCCGAAUAGCACCCUCUGGAAAUGGCUGGCGUGGCUCAGUAAGGAUAUCCCCGAGGCGCUUAUCCAGGACCCUGACUAUGUCCAGUACCAAGAGCCUAUUCAAACCCAUAUCAAGACCGGCUUCAUCUCCAAGCCCUGCAAGCUGUGUGUUGAGAGGGAAUUCCAAUGCCGCAAGCAAGUAUGCGAGUACGUAGGGGAGAGUAAAUCCAACUGGAAAGGCUGGAUGAUUUUCAACUGGUUGAUGUCUCGCGGUACUGGCAAUAUCCCCAUGUUUGACCACGCGGCAAUCAACUUUGGCUACCCUACCACACAGCCGCCCACCCUUUACGAGAUGAUGAGUCUCAUGUCUGCAACCUGGAGGAGAAUGACUGGUAUCGCUUGGCACGAUGUGGACGACAUGGACCCGCCAUCCUACAGUCCUACACCUUGCCCGUUUCCUAUGACCAUGCACGAGCGACCUCUAGUCAACCUUUGUCAGUUACCGCAGUGGCGACGCCUGACUCCGUUGGAACUUCGACAUACUCUCCCCAGUCUCCAAGUGGAAGAGGUUGUACCCGACAAGACAACAGCGCCUCCCACAGGCAAGAUCCAAGCAGGCAAAGGACCGCAGAAAAGCCUAAUCAUCACACUCAACACGAGCCGCGUGGACAAGACGAGGAGCUAUGCUCAGUCCUCACGCGUUGUGGCAAAGCUCAAGGACAACCCGGCAUACAUGCGGGCCAUGGGAAUCGAGUCUGGUCUAUCAACAAGGGAGAUGGAGAAGGCACUUUCCGCUUUACUUGGUCUCCUGGCAGACGGAGACGAACGCACCCUUCCGGGCUCAUUUCAACUCAGCAAUGGCCCAAAACCGGUCGAGCUUGAUGGUGAAGAGACGGUCGGCGGAGCCGUGGUUCACGUCAAGAAAAAGAAGGUCCCAAGAAAUGACGGAGAAAACAGAACCACCAGUUCAAACAUGAAGCGGUGCGAGAAGACCCCGACUCGGCAGGUUCAAAAGAAACCAACUUCUCGUUCCGACACUCUCCUUCUUUCGCCCAUCACCGAGGAGCAGCCCUCCCCUCCAGAGACCGAGGACGACCUCCCCACGCGAAAGCACGUCCGUUUCCAGAACCCAGAAGAUAUCGAGGUUGACGAGGAUGACCUCUUUGGCGAUAAUCUGGAAGAUGAUGACUGGGAGCAGCUGGGAGAUGACACGGACAUGCAAGAUGAUGGCGAAUACGAGCAGCUGGAGCUGGAAGAUGACGAAACCGCCGUCGUAGAGUGCGAGCUGGGACAUGUCCACCUGCUCGAAGCUAGGAAGAUGUCCACGGCCACGGGUAGGCUCUUUUACCUUCCCAUUGGUUGGUCUUCUACCGAAUUUGAGAAUGAGGAAUCGUCCGACGAGGAGCGCGAACUUUGA